AGUGUAUGCGUAUGCUCAGCUGUUAUUGACGCUUUCGCAAUGACGAAGGAAGUCGACUUGUGGCCGGCAGCAACAUACAUCAAGUUUGCUCUUUGAUCACAAAUCGCCUGCAGGAUGCAUGGCGCGUUGGAACAGCUUCGAAGAUUAUCAUCUGCAGAAUAAUCAUGAGAGAAAUGCCUGUUUUAACCACUUCGACCGCGACAGAUAGCAGAGAACCAUCUGAUUCACCUGAAAGGCACUAAUCCUGAGGUAGAGAGCUAUUCGAUAUUUAAGGACGAAACCAAACGCAUCAACACCGCACUGAUGGCUGACUUGACAAAGCGAGACAUCACUGACGUUUACGUCUGUGGUCUGGCUUACGACUUCUGCGUAGGUCAGACUGCUACGGAUGCUCAGAGUCUUGGCUACCGGACUAUGUUGAUUGAGGACGCUGUCAGGGGCGCUGAUAUAGAGAGGAUCGCUGGUAUGAGGCAGGCAUUGCUGCAGGCUGGUUGCAUCCUGGGCCAAGCACACGAGGAAUGGUUGCCGCGAUGCCUUGUAAGCGGACCAGGCAUCCACAGUGGGGCUUGGUAGCAGCGCGUAACACGGCCCAAGCUAGGACGAAGCAGCUGGGACAGAAUGCCGGAGUCUCGAGUCUAAACCCCAAUCGAAACACUGACAAAAACUCAAACACCGUCCGGGCAUCACUCACAGAAGACACUUAACGCAUCAAACAAUGAU